AUGGAGAAUAAUUAUAAUUCUGAUCUAGAAAUGGAAGAAAUAGGAUUUUUCUAUCGUAAACGUCAUAGUGAAACUAUUGAAAUUUCUAUUGAGUUAGGACAUGACAUUAGAGUUAGGAAGUGGUAUUAG